AUGCCGAGCCAAAAGUCUUUCCGCACCAAGCAGAAGCUUGCGAAGGCGCAGAAGCAGAACCGCCCCAUCCCCCAGUGGAUUCGCCUCAGGACCGGCAACACCAUCAGGUUCGUUGCACUCACCGCCGACUCCUCAGGAACCCCAACGGAUUGCGGAAAGGAAUCGCCCGCAGUCGGAGACGGCAAGCAUGACGGCAGCAUCGCUGACAUCUUCACCACCGUACAGGUACAACGCCAAGAGGAGGCACUGGCGCAAGACCCGCAUCGGCAUCUAAGCUACUCGCCAACACCCGCUACCUCGCCCUCAUCCGCUCUCAAGUCGAUUUGA